CCGUGCCGUGCCGUGCCGUGCCGUGCCGUGCCGUGCCGUGCCGGCGGCGCGGGACUGGCGGGAGCGGCUGUACGGCGCGGUGGGUGCCCCGGCGCGGGGUGAGCAUGGUGCCCUAGCGCUGGGGCUAUGUCGGAGGCGGCCCGCAGCCUCCUGCAGCGCUGGGGCGCCAGCUUCCGGAAGGGUACCGACUUCGACUCCUGGGGGCAGCUGGUGGAGGCGAUCGACGAGUAUCAGAUAUUAGCCAGGCACCUCCAGAAAGUGGCACAGUCUCAGCACAACAACUCGGAAUUCACAGAAGAUCAAAAGAAAACCAUAGCUAAAAUUGCAACAUGCUUGGAACUGAGAAGUGCAGCUUUACAGUCCACCCAGUCACAGGAUGAGUUUAAGCUUGAGGAUCUGAAGAAGUUGGAACCAAUCUUAAAGAAUAUCCUCACUUACAAUAAGGAGUUCCCCUUUGAUGUUCAGCCUGUCCCACUCAGGAAGAUUUUAGCACCUGGAGAAGAGGAACACUUGGAGUUUGAAGAGGAUGAUGAGGACGGAGGAGCUGGAGCAGGGUCUCCAAACUCUUUUCCUGCUAGAGUUCCAGUACAGCAGGAAGACUCAAACAAAAGCAGUUUGCAGCCCUGGGGAGCCAACAAAGGUACUUUAUUGCCCAGAUUGCCAUCUGAACCCGGGAUGACGUUACUCACCAUCACCAUAGAGAAAAUUGGUCUGAAAGAUGCUGGGCAGUGCAUUGAUCCUUACAUCACAGUCAGUGUAAAGGAUUUGAAUGGGAUAGAUCUGACUCCUGUGCAGGAUACUCCUGUGGCUUUGAGGAAGGAGGACACAUACGUCCAUUUUAAUGUGGACAUUGAGAUUCAGAAACACAUUGAAAGACUAACAAAAGGUGCAGCUAUUUUCUUUGAAUUCAAACACUACAAGCCUAAGAAAAGGUUUACUAGCACCAAGUGUUUUGCUUUCAUGGAGAUGGAUGAAAUUAAACCUGGGGCAAUUGUUAUAGAACUGUACAAAAAACCCACUGACUUUAAAAGGAAGAAAUUGCAACUGUUGACCAAGAAACCACUUUACCUUCACCUCCAUCAAACAUUGCACAAGGAAUGACCCCAGUUGUGAGACCUCUGUGAACGGAACCACAAGUCCUGGUAGCUGUGUAGUAGCCUUAGGCUCAGAGGGGCAGGAAGAUGACUCUGUUCAUGCCAGUAGGUCACACGAGAUCAUCUCCCACUGCACAGCACUACUUCAGGGGCAGGAACAAGCCCACGAUGCAAAUGCAAGAUUUUUUUCAGUAACUUCCAGCUACAGGUUUCUCCAAGAGCCCUGAUAUAGGUUGACUGCUUUUCCUAAGUUUGCUGUUCAUCACUUUUUAUCUUUAACCAUUCUUCUCCUUUUGCCUCAAGCUCCCCCUGAGAAUGGAGAGUGCCCUUUGUCAAACCUGCAGCAAUAAAGAUGUGGCAGGUCUACUAACUGUUUACACUGCUGUGCUAUUGUAGUUCCUCUCGUCUGCAUUUCAGAGUCCUCUGGAGUGGGCAGGGUGACAGAAGACUGAGAGAAGGACAAGGUGGGCUGGGAAGGAGCUUGAGGUACUGCAAGAGCUUUAAAGUGAGGGAGGGGAGGAUGCAGGUCAGAUGGGUGGCCACAAGUCCCUGUGGUCAGGUCAGGAGGAGGACAAGUGCAGAUGAGAACACUGAACAUGUUGUGAAUACAUGUUACAAUUUUUUCAGUCACUGUUACUCCCUAAUAGAGCUAUUCUUUUUUAUAUCUUGUCACAGAGUGCUUUGCAAAGGCAGAUGGGGGAUAAAGAGGCCUUCUCGAGGACUUUGUCCUGGUUGCAGUGGGUGUUUUGCCAUUUCAGUGACAGCAGGACAGGCCCUCAGUGCUGAAGUUUCAAUUUUCCAGAGCUUUAUAUAAAGUAGGUCUGGCUAGCAGGCUGACCCACCUUCUACAUGAAACUGCUGUUCUUAUGGAAACUGAUUGUAUGCAGUUUUCUGCAUAUUUUGUGCAAAUCUGGAAACUUACUCAAAAAAUUGCCUUUUUAUAUAAGUAGGUAGGAUUAUCAUUUAUUUUCUGUAUUUUUAUUUGGUACAUAAUAAGCUGCAGGACACUGGCUUAUUAUGAUACACUUGCAUUCACCUUUUGACCUGAAAAAGGGAAAGGAGUAGAACCCAGUCAAAUCUUUCUUAUAUUUGCGUGGAUAUUUAAUAUGAUACUUUAUGGUUUGAUAAACUUCUUGCAUAUCUAACUAGUGCCUGAAUGCUCUGCUAACUACAGACCCAGCUCCCAAAAUAGUGUCAAUUAUUUUAAACAGCCUGGAUGCAGGUAAAUCAUCCAUUCCUCUUUUCUGUCACUUCACCCAAGAUGUUCCAUCAUGUGUUAAGGGAAAGGAUGUUACUUUUCCUCAUGCUGUUUGUCUCUCUCUACUCAGCUGUUUGGCAUUUUUGCCUUUAUCAUAUUGAUUAGGAUGAAAAGCUGGUUUUGAAUGUCCUAA